UGUGGAUCAGUGAUGAUUUUGUCUGCUGUGUUGCAAAGUUCACUUCAAAAAUCCAAAAAUGAGCUUAAUAUAAUUUGCAUUUUGAGUCAAGUCAAAGAUGAGGACAUUGAAGUUAUGGGUACAUAACCGAAAAUACAAUGACACCGGUGAUGACAUUCUUAUCAACCCUAAAGAUUUCCCUAAUGUGAUCAAAGGAGAUGUCUUAGAGAUCUACCACCCUGAAGAUGAAUACAGUCGUCUGUUGCUGCAAGUUACUGCUCUCUCUGAUGACUUUAAUCAGAAAGAUACCAUAAGUAUAGAGCAGUCAAUAGCUACACAGUUCCAGCUGCGAGCUUACAAAGAAGUCCAUGUCAGUAAAGUCAGCCCUAAGGAUGUUGCGCUUGAUCUUGUGGAGCUCCUGUUUAAAGACCAGUACCUCAGUCGUAGUGACAUGUGGCGACUUCGACAUGGUCUUGUCAACACCUGUGCUUAUCUUACCAAGAAGAUAGAAGCUGCUCAGAUGAGGGCCCAGGUUAACGAGCUCUGGGCGAAAGGUGACCGUGUGACAUGUGGUAUGAUUACUGACGACACAAGGAUUGUGUUUAGAUCAUCAACAGCAGUUGUCCAGAUCUUCAUUCAGAUGAGUUCUGAAAUGUGGGACUUUGAUAUCAAUGGUGACUUGUACUUUGAAAAAGCUGUAAAUGGAUUUCUGACCGACUUAUUUGCCAAAUGGAAGACCCAGAACUGUCUACAUGAUGUUACUAUAGUACUGUUCUCCAGGACUUUCUACAAAGCGUCAUCUAGAGAGGAAUUCCCACCUGGUGUAAGAGACUGUAUACAGGUGGACUACCAGGGUCGUUUCUACGAGGACUUUUACAGGGUGUUGGUUCAGAAUGAGCGUUAUGAUGACUGGACAAGAACGAUCAAAACAUUGAGGAAACUUUUUAAUGAAUAUCCUCAACGUGUCCUCCACUACCACAAAGUUAAAGGUAAAAAAAUGCCUAAGGCCUGGAACUCCACUGCCUCUCAGGGAAACUUUCUGGAAACACUCAACAUGUCCCUCAACUUGUUGGAGAAGUACUAUGUGGACAGAAAUUUUGACCGGACAGGUAAGGUGGCUGUGGUUAUCACACCUGGGCCAGGUGUAUUUGAGGUAGACAGAGAGCUGACCAACAUCACCAAACAGAGGACUAUUGAUUGUGGUGUAGGAAGUGAUCUGGUGUGUAUGGGAGAACAACCUCUCCAUGCAGCUCCACUAUUUAAGUUUCACAACCGCCAUCUGAAGGCCACUCUACAGGUUGGUGAUGACUACAACAUUCCACACUGGAUGAAUCACAGCUUUUAUCUGUCCAAGAACCAGAUUCAGGCUCAUCUCCACGGCAGCUUCAUCCCACGAAUCAAACCUCCACAGCAAACUGAAAAAAAAUUCAAGUCCAUAGACAGAGUCGCAGGCUUUCCUGUGUAUCCAACCAGCACUACCGCUUCAGACAAUGACAACUUUCCCUUUGUGGAUUAUGAUGAGUAUGAUGCCCAAGUGUUCAAACUUCCCAACCACAACUACUCUCCUGCUGGUAGAAUGAAGAAAAAGAAAGCAAAGAAAGAACCACAGACAUAUAUGGAUGCGAAAAAAACCCAUAAGGGCAGAAUACGACGGUCAUCAGACGACAUGUUACUGGAAAGAGUACUUACGGCUGACCGCAUGGAUGGGGCCAUCACCAUCCCUGUCCGGUCAAGCAGUGGGGAUGAGAUAUCCUCCUCAGUACCAGCCAGUGACAAAUGUCAUGUAAGAGACCUUGAAGACACGUCUGAGGAGGAGGGUGAAUCCAUACGCCCUAUAGUUGGAAGUGCUGGGUCUCCAUACUGUCACUCAAAGCACCUUCCGUCCAUAACAACUCGUCGUGCUCUCAUCAAUCCAUUUGCCCCAUCAACCAUGCAUUUCAAAAUGACAUCGAAUCGACGGCGAUGGAUUCAUGCUUUUCCUACAGAUCCACAGGGUGCUGCCGUUCAGACUCAUCACUUCCGCACAUUUUCUGAUCAUGAUGAAAUGGAGGAUAGCAUUGAUCUUCACACAAGAGAGACAAAUUACCUGACCGUGGAGGCAAUAAAGCAACGCUCACUGACACACCAGGACAGUAACGAGGGAUCUGAACACACCAGUUCGGAUCAGUUGUCUGCCAUUGGAUCAGCUGGGAAUGUUGCUGCAGCCUUCAAUACGUCCCAACAGUGCUCCUCACUGGGCUCAAACACUUCGUUCCUUCAGGACUACAAUAAACUUCCUCUGAAUAACCACAUGUCCAAGGAUGGUCAGAGGUCAUGGGUAUGGGGACCUACUGGGGAACAAGAAUGGAGUCCUAAUAUGACCACAGGACAUGACUGGCGCCCCCUGGAGUAUGAUAAGGCAGCAUCCAGCAAGUCCUGUCUCGUCAAGCCUAUACUUAAUGCUGAUAUAAACUCUAAAAAAUUCUGUGCCUGCAUAAGUGUGGACUGGAAGUCUCUGACCAUCCCUGCCUCUCUCCCCAUCACCACUGACUACUUCCCUGACAAGAAGAGUCUACAGACGGACUAUGUUUUUGCUGCCUAUGGUCUGCUGCCUGAGCAGGAUGGUGACUACGAUGUUGACUACCAGAGUCUGUCCACAGAUGAGAAGUAUUUUAAAAGGAAGAACCUGACUUCUAAACAGGUGUUUAAGGAACUGGUUUCCCAACGUCUGUCCCAAGGAUUCCAAGUAAUCGUCAAUAAUUCACAGCGCUCUAAAGCUCAACAGGUGUCCCUAGGCUCCAGCCCACAGUACCAACACACUGUGGGACUUAUACGUGCACGACCACGCACAGAACAGUCGGAGGAAUGCUACCUAAGUAUCGGACGAAUAUUUCAUAAAGUGGCGGUGAUGGGACCUGACAUUACGGUCACUAGAUACAGCCCUAGACAUCCAGGCCCGGAGCUGAAGUUACCGUACUGUUACCGAUUCCAGGCCCCCGACUCUCUCAGCUACGAUGUGUCCUGGAGUGAAUUUCGUAAUGAAAAGCUUGAAAACUACAAUUGGAACUACCUUGAUCAGUACAUCUGUACCCGGGGGGAGGGGGACUACGGUUUGGUGGAGUCACUGAAGUUCUGGAGGAGUCGCUUCCUGAUCAUGCCUUGUAAUAAUGCAGCUACAAAGAAGAUUAUUGAUGGUCAUCCAAGGUGUGAUAUCUAUGGGGAGAAAAGUAUGUCGGAGAAUCAAAACUUAAUACAUGGAUUUGUACGUAUGAUGGAGAUUCUCAACAGACUAAAGAGGACAGCGAAGAGGUCAAAGCUGUCAGGAGAUUCUUCUGUGAGCAGCGCUGCCUCAGAGUCAAGUAAAGCUUCCCCAUCCACAGGAGAGGCCACUUCAAGACCCAAAGACGUUGACACACUGACUGCUGGUUCUCCACCGACUAAACUGAUAGAGGCCAUGUUAGACACCCAAUUUGGCCUUCCCUUCCUCAGUAAACAGCCAGGCUUGCCUAACAACUGUUUCAUUGCCGAGGAGGCUGUCACAUGGUGUAUACAGAACAUCCAGGGUGUCACAACAACCAGUCAUGCUGUCCAUCUUCUACAGGUACUUGUGGAUGACAAGCUGAUAGUACAUGCCUCGUGGAAUCCGAACCACAAGUUUGUGUAUGGAUUCUACUUCUACUGUAUUCCCCAGGUCAAGGACAAGGCCAAAGAUAUUGAACAACAGCCUCUGAACACCUUGUUCCAAAGGAAUUUUUUUGAGGUGACUGUGUUACCAGUGGAUGAACAGGAGGACCAAGGUCAGACAUUAUCACAUUUAACAGACUCUGUAAAGUCACGAUCCCUAUCCUCGAUCAACCCUGCCACAGACGACUGGAGGAUGGAGAUGAGUAUGGACACUGACGGUAUGGAGUGGGGACAACAGUCUGCAACUCUUCUCCACAAAUAUGUGACCAUAGAUGUGGACGUGUUGGACAAGAGUGACCGGCCAGAGUGGGCGUCAGUCCGAUACCAUUCCUACUACAGCCCGACUUGUGCCUACCAGUUACAGCUGCAGUGGAUGGUGGCCACUGGUAGUAUCCUUGGUGAACUGGUGUACAGCUGGGCCAGGAAGAUGAGCAGCUGUGGGUUCCAUAUGAUACCUGUACCUCUCGAUCCUUUCGCUCUGCCGUCAGCUCCAGACUCUGACUCUCUACGUGGCCCAAUAUUUGUACCCCUUGACAUUGACUGUCUGACAGAUGGGGGCACCAGCAUCACCAAAGGACACAGUCGGAGCUGGAGGGAGAAAUUACACAGCUUCCAAAUAGCCAUCAUCAAACGGUUUGGGUUCAUGCCUGGUGGUGUUCGUGACAUCUCGGAGGAUGCGUACCCAAUGGGUCAAGGGGAAGAUUAUAGUCACUAUGUCCAUUGUACAGGUGGAAACUUUGUUCUCAUGGAGGAUAGCCAUGUCUCCUCCCCAGGAGUGAAGGACUCGCCCUACAGCUCUAGUUUUAACAAGAAAUCAACAGCAGAGCUCCGAAAAGACUAUAUCAAACGUUCACAGUCAAGUCAGUUCCACCAACAGGAACAAGAGACUGAAAGUAAGAUUGGCUAUCUCUGGUCAUGGAACUUCAUGUCUUCCAAAAGGUGGCGGUCUGGAAAUACAGGCGAUGAAUUUUUCCAGGACAAAAUGUUAGCAGAUUUUCGUGAUUUUUGCUCAAACAAGGAAAACAGAUUACAGGAGUUUUGGCUUGAAUGGUAUAAUCCUUUUCAAUUACCCAAAAUGCCAGGCAAGGAGACUACCAUUUGAUGAGGUCAUAGGUCAAAACUUUCUAACAGAGAUUGUUGUUAUAGAUAUGUGAUGGUGUCGCAAGCCAAAGAGUCAUGACUUAUCCUCAGUCAGUGGGGAAUAUGACUUUAUUCUUGCAGUAUUUUUAAGACUGAUAAGAUAGUAACCUAUCCAAGUAUGUGCUACAAUGCAUUGUGAUAUAUAUUAUUACUGUGAUAUUAUAAUUUUAAGGUGUGUUGUGUUUUCCGUAGACUUGUUUUACAGAAUAUUGUUUGAGUUGCCAUUAUUAUGUUCCGAAUUCUCGAGACAAGUCUAUACAGUUUCUACUCCACUGUAUAGGGAUACCUACACUUAAGGUACCUCUGACUUAAUCGAGGAGGAUAAGGUACCUCUGACUUAAUCGAGGAGGAUAAGGUACCUCUGACUUAAUCGAGGAGGAUAAUGUACCUCUGACUUAAUCGAGGAGGAUAAGGUACCUCUGACUUAAUCGAGGAGGAUAAUGUACCUCUGACUUUAUCGAGGAGGAUAAUGUACCUCUGACUUAAUCGAGGAGGAUAAGGUACCUCUGACUUUAUCGAGGAGGAUAAGGUACCUCUGACUUUAUCGAGGAGGAUAAGGUACCUCUGACUUAAUCGAGGAGGAUAAGGUACCUCUGACUUAAUCGAGGAGGAUAAUGUACCUCUGACUUAAUCGAGGAGGAUAAGGUACCUCUGACUUUAUCGAGGAGGAUAAUGUACCUCUGACUUAAUCGAGGAGGAUAAGGUACCUCUGACUUAAUCGAGGAGGAUAAGGUACCUCUGACUUAAUCGAGGAGGAUAAGGUACCUCUGACUUUAUCGAGGAGGAUAAACAGUACACCAAGCUAUUCUUGGAGUUACAAAUGUGUGUGACAACACUGACAAACAUAAAGAAAAUUUGUGGAAGUAAAACAAAAUAUUGGUUUUAGAUAUGAUGUGGUUCUUUUUUUAUCUCUAUAGAGCAGUUGAAUGUAUUUAAACAACAUUUAUCAACAAGAGUAUUUGGUAAUACCACCAGGGUUAAAUAAUCAGUACGAAAAAUCAUAAUAAAAUCAGUCAUUGUUCAAGUCCUUAGGAUUGGGAGAGAGAUGUAGGAUUGGGAGAGAGAUGUAAGAUUUGUAGAGAGAUGUUGGUUGAUUGGUUUUGGUAGGAUUGGGAGAGAUGUUGAUUAAUUGGUUUUGGUAGGAUUGGGAGAGAUGUUGAUUAAUUGGUUUUGGUAGGAUUGGGAGAGAUGUUGAUUAAUUGGUUUUGGUAGGAUUGGGAGAGAGAUGUUGGUUUAUUGGUUUUGGUAGUAUUAGGAGAGAGAUGUAAGAUUGGGAGAGAGAUGUAAGAUUGGUAGAGAGAUGUUGAUUAAUUGGUUUUGGUAGGAUUGGGAGAGAGAUGUUGGUUUAUUGGUUUUGGUAGGAUUGGGAGAGAGAUGUAAGAUUGGGAGAGAGAUGUAAGAUUGGUAGAGAGAUGUUGAUUAAUUGGUUUUGGUAGGAUUGGGAGAGAUAUGUUGAUUAAUUGGUUUUGGUAGGAUUGGGAGAGAGAUGAAAGAUUGGUAGAGAGAUGUUGAUUAAUUGGUUUUGGUAGGAUUAGGAGAGAGAUGUAAGAUUGGUAGAGAGAUGUUGAUUAAUUGGUUUUGGUAGGAUUAGGAGAGAUAUGUUGAUUAAUUGGUUUUGGUAGGAUUGGGAGAGAGAUGUUGAUUUAUUGGUUUUGGAGGGAUUGGAGAGAGAUGUUGGUUUAUUGGUUUGGAUGGGAUUGGAGAGAGAUGUUAGAUUGGAAGAGAGAUGUUGAUUUAUUGGUUUUGGAUGGGAUUGGAGAGAGAUGUAAGAUUGGGAGAGAGAUGUUGAUUUAUUGGUUUUGGUAGGAUUAGGAGAGAGAUGUCAGAUUUGUAGAAAUGUUGAUUUAUUGGUUUAGGUAGGAUUGGGAGAGAGAUGUCAGAUUUGUAGAAAUGUUGAUAAAACAUUUGUCUGUUAUGAUAUGUUGACAAUCGUGCUAAUGCUAUUUGUUUAAGUGCAAUAAAAUAUUUGAUAAUAAAA